UAAUCCUCAGCCCAGCCGGGCUCCUCUCCUCGUCCUCGCACUCCUCUCUCUGCCAUCACCAAGCCAUCGAGACCGAGCCCUGUCUCGACAGACUACCCAAGGAGGUAGGUAGGUAGGUAGGUAGGUAGGUUGGCUGUUAUUGCUGACCGUCCUUGCUUUGCUUGCCAUUUGCUGUUGUCGUCGAUUCUCCCUCUGUCCCGUCUAUCUGUCCGUCCGUCUGUCUGUCUGUCUGUCUCGUUUUGCUCUGUAAAAGCAGGCGAGUCAGGCCGCAGACCAGGGGCCGGGUGAGCCGCGACCCCGUUCGUUGCUCGUCGACACCAUUUUGCCAUAUUUCCUGCCGGGAAAAAGAUUCCCAUUUCCUGUGUUGGAACUUGACCCUUCUUCCCUUCUUUUUUCGCAUCGCGGAAUUCGGCCGAACUUCCCCUGCCGCCCGGUUCUUCUCGCGCAAGCCGCCCCGUUGGCGCCAUCUACCGCUGCCUCUCCCGUCUCCCCCCUCCAUUAUUAUAUUGUCUUGGGGUGUAUUGACAAAGAACCACCACCACCACCACCACCACCACCACCAUAACAACAACACACACCACGCAUCACGCAUCACGCAUUACAACAUGUCGAGACAGAUCCAGCGGCUCGACGUGACGCCGCCGUCCGAGGACUCGGACGCGGUCAACUCGAGCUCGCGUUACACAGGCCGCUUGUCAACGUCGUCCAGCCAUCCCUCUCCCGUCGAUGCCCCGCCCCGCGCCCAUCGCGCCUGCGAAAAAUGCACCCGCACCAAGAAGAAGUGUGACAAAGGCCUGCCCGCUUGCUCGAGGUGCACCAGACUCACCACCAACUGCUGCUACGACUUUGUCGUCAAUCCGCCUUCGCUCACCAUCGUCGAUCAAGGCGCCGUCGCCACUGCCUACAAGCAUCCCAGCGACCCGCGGCCCACCUUUGAGUGGCUCAACCAGGUCGACUUCACCGCUGGCCAGAUCAUGCAGCUCCUCGUCAGCCAUGGCGUUGACUGGAAGGCCUCCGUCAACACCUAUUUCAACACCGUCAAUACCUGGCUCGUUGUCAUCCACCCCGACGUCUGGCGGAGGCGUUGCGCCGCCGCCGACCUCGACACCAACCCCAACGACUCGGAUCUGGCCAUGCUCAUCUUGUGCAUCCACCUGUUGACCAUCUGGAACUGUGACGAGUUUUCCUCCACCGCCAUGCUGGACCACCCGCUUUAUCAGACUGCCAAGCGCAUAUGGACUUUGAGGAAAGCCUUUUCCAAGGCCAAGAUCGAGCACGUGCAGUGCGGCGUUCUGAUAUCUCUGUAUGAGAUGGGGCAUGGCGACAUCACCCGCUGUUAUCAGACGUUUGGCGAGGCCGCCUCGCUCGGCAAGGUGCUGAAUUUGAAACCCGGCAAGUACGUCAAGGAAGAAGAGGACAUGCCCGCCGACCCCGAAGACGAGCAGAAUCGAGCGCUUUGGUGGGUGCUCGUCAUCAUGGACAAGAUCUCGCACGAACAAUCGUCGACACUGUGGAACCCGCUCCAGAUGGACAUGCCCUCCGACGACGACCUGCUCCCCACGGAGCACUAUCUUUGGGACAGCGACAGGAACGGGUCUUUCAAGCUGGUCAAGCGGUACCCCGUCACCAUCCCGGCCUCUGUCCGCGUCGGCGCUUUUCAGAGGUCUUGCCAGGCAGCCAUUCUCCUCGGCUACGCCAUCAAUUGGGAGGCGGCCAACGCCGAGCUUGAGGAACCCCCCACCGUCUGGUCCUUUGUCCAGCUGGAGUCCGCCACGAGGGACCUCAUCGAAGCUUUGAUUACUCGGUCAGAAACUUGGGGCGAGAACCUCAAUACAUAUGCUCAGUGUGCAAGUAUCUUCUGUCUUCUCUUCUAUUCCUUCCUUUAUGCAGCCAAUAGGCCCGACACUCCGGCUCAAGAUCCCGAGACGGACGUGGAGAUGAGGAAGGCCGUCGCCGGCAUCAAGUUCACCAUUGGCCUCGUGAUAGAUGGUUCAAAUGGCAUCUUCAACGCCUACUCCAACCGUCACGACGUUUUGGAACACUGCGCGCCCGUCUGGCCAUAUGCGCAGUACCACACGAUGCAGCUCCUCUUCCACUACGAAGCUCUGCUGGAAGACGCAGAGUCCAUGAUGGCAGAGGUCAGACACCGUGUUGAUUGCACAACGAAGCGGUGGGCUUGUUCUCGUUGGCUGUUGGAAGAGUUCGAUAGAGUCCAGGCGGCGAGAAGGAGCGGGGCCAAGAUGUGCAAAAAGUGCACCAUUGGAAGUAGGACUUGCGGGCACUGCCCAGUUCCCGAAUGAGAGGACGAAAUAUCAGAAGACAAGGAUCACUCUUUGUCACGAUGCAGAAAAGGAUACCCCUCGACUCCAAAUUACAGCGGGACAGAGUCAUCGGCCCUGGCGUCAAGGACCCAGCCCGACUUGGACUUUCUGCGUAUCAGGACGGCGACGUGCGCUUGUAGAAGAGACGGACCGAAGAACAAUCCCAGCGCGCUGGGUCGUAACGCUGGGAGAACGUCCGCUCAACCAUGGCCAAAACUGCAAUAUGUGUUGACAGGCACAAGCAACGUCGCAUGAUAGCACCUUGUCGUCUGUUAUGCGAUCAGGCUAGGCCUGGCGGACUAGGCUUGCAACAAACCCUAUCGAUACUACGGCUGCCGCGAGACUUUGACGAGUCCCGAAAGUGUCAAGAUCACCCCUUCCACCAUAACACUGGCAAAAACUACUACAGAGCGUGGAAGUAAAGCGGGGGACAUUUUAUCUGUGCGCCAAGGAAUGGCUGACAAGUUUCACGAGACUGUAGACGCAAUGCACGGAACAUGGUGUCCAGCAGACCAACCUCAUUGGCGUCUCAGUGUCUGGUCGAUUGCGGGCAACGAAGAUAGGCAGCUUCGUCUUCGGGCCAUUACUUUGUCUACAUGGGUUCUGUUGGUCAAACGGACUCAACGACGUCCGGCGGCGAACAUGAACCAGGCCAAUGCAGUACCCUGUCGGCCGUCUCGUCCAGAAUCCUGCUGUCUUACGGAAUGUGCAAAGCCAUGGAUUGGAAAGUAUACGUCAGCACUGUGACCAUGCAGUCAGUCGCUCGUGACUGGGCUUUGGCUUUGGCUGCAUGCAGGACUGCGCGUCGCAACCAAUCUCACGAUCGCAGCCGAGGGUUGGACUCGACAGGUUCCGAGCUUCAACCGCUGGCCCUCGGGCAGUGCUUUGCAUGGGUUUAUCUCGAGCGUCAUAUCCGCUCGGACAAGGGACAAUGGAACCAGACGCCCUCUGCGUCAAACGGCUUAGAACCAUAUCCAUCUGAUGAAACAGGGUCGGUUGCCCGUCCCUCCUCCUUUUGUGAGACGAAAAGAAAGAAAGAAAUAAAAUAAAGCAACCCCCGCAUUUCAUUGCGCACGCACUCCCUCUACGCAAUUGAGACGACUCUGCUCCUGGGUUGAGUUGGGCGAUGAUUUGACAGUGGCUGGGCCUGCCCCGAGAUUCCGAAAAGCUGCCCAGCGGCUUCCAUCCAGAUCGAGUCUCAAAAAGGGUGCGUGCAGCACCGUCCAGCAUCCCCGUGUCGUCGUUCCUGUACGGCGGCGUCAGCGUCAGCCGAGUGUAACCUGUGGGGUGGCACUCUUCCUCGCUUGUUGUGAGGUAGCACAGGUAGCUGGUCUCGGGGGGGGGCCUGAAUGAGCGAAAUCUCGUUCGCGGUACUCGGCUGUCUCUUGCUCAUGCGUGCCUAUGCCUGUAAUGGUAGCCGGAAACAUCCUUACAGAUGGACGGUUGAUAAUGGCAACGCUUGAGACAGGAUGAGGGGGUUAGCCAUUGUGUCACCGCUGUGAGACAUGAACAUUGCGGU